AGCCCGGCUCGCGGCGAACUACAAGUCCCGGCGGGCGUCGCGCGUGGGCGCUUCCGGCUCGCGCGUCCCGGCCCUUGGGCGGCCGGCGGCCGAGGGUCCCGAUGGAGCGGGAGGGUGGCGCCGCUGCUCCCCGCGGCCGCGGGCGGGGUCGCUGAGGGUCUCCAGAGCUUGAGGCCAGGGUGGCCCGCCAGGACCCCUCUCUGGGCCCUGCUCAGACACUGCCCCCGCGGCAAGUGCCGCAAACCGUUCAGUGGAGCUUGGGGGGGACCCUCGCCCGCCCGCCUGUCCAGCCUCCCGCAGCAGCACCAGGAUGGAAACUACCUUUGGGCCGGCCUUCUCCACGGUCACCACCAUCAGCAAAGCCGACGGCGGCACCACAUACAAGCAGCACCGGCGCACCCCGUCCUCCUCUAGCACGUUGACCUUCCCACCACGGGACGAGGACGACGGCAUGCCCCCCAUCAGCACCCCGCGCCGCUCCGACUCGGCCAUCUCUGUCCGCUCUCUGCACUCGGAGUCCAGCAUGUCCCUGCGCUCCACUUUUUCACUGCCCGAGGAGGAGGAGGAGCCGGAGCCGCUGGUGUUCGCCGAGCAGCCCUCGGUGAAGCUGUGCUGCCAGCUGUGCUGUGGUGUGUUCAAGGACCCCGUGAUCACCACAUGCGGGCACACGUUCUGUCGGAGAUGUGCCUUGAAGUCAGAGAAGUGCCCCGUGGACAACGCCAAGCUGACCGUGGUGGUGAACAACAUCGCAGUGGCUGAGCAGAUUGGGGAGCUCUUCAUCCACUGCAGGCACGGGUGCCGCAGCGUUGGCAGUGGCAAGCCCCCUGUCUUCGAAGUGGACCCCCGGGGCUGCCCCUUCACCAUCAAGCUCAGUGCCCGGAAGGACCAUGAGGGCAGCUGUGACUACCGGCCCGUGCGGUGCCCCAACAACCCCAGCUGCCCGCCCCUGCUCAAAAUGAACCUGGAGGCCCACCUCAAGGAGUGCGAGCACAUCAAGUGCCCCCACUCCAAGUAUGGGUGCACGUUCAUCGGGAACCAGGACACGUACGAGACGCAUCUAGAGACGUGCCGCUUCGAGGGCCUGAAGGAGUUCCUGCAGCAGACGGACGACCGCUUCCACGAGCUGCAUGUGGCGCUGGCGCAGAAGGACCAGGAGAUCGCCUUCCUGCGCUCCAUGCUGGGCAAGCUCUCCGAGAAGAUCGACCAGCUGGAGAAGAACCUGGAGCUCAAGUUCGACGUGCUGGAUGAGAACCAGAGCAAGCUCAGCGAGGACCUCAUGGAGUUCCGGAGGGACGCGUCCAUGCUGAACGAUGAGCUGUCCCACAUCAACGCGAGGCUGAACAUGGGCAUCCUGGGCUCCUACGACCCUCAGCAGAUCUUCAAAUGCAAGGGCACUUUCGUGGGCCACCAGGGGCCCGUGUGGUGUCUCUGCGUCUACUCCAUGGGGGACCUGCUCUUCAGCGGCUCCUCUGACAAGACCAUCAAGGUAUGGGACACCUGCACCACCUACAAGUGCCAGAAGACACUAGAGGGCCACGACGGCAUCGUGCUGGCACUCUGCAUCCAGGGGUGCAAGCUGUACAGCGGCUCCGCGGACUGCACCAUCAUCGUGUGGGACAUCCAGAACCUGCAGAAGGUGAACACCAUCCGGGCACACGACAACCCCGUGUGCACGCUGGUCUCGGCCCACAACAUGCUCUUCAGCGGCUCCCUGAAGGCCAUCAAGGUCUGGGACAUUGUGGGCACCGAGCUGAAGCUGAAGAAGGAGCUGACCGGCCUCAACCACUGGGUGCGGGCCCUGGUGGCCGCCCAGAGCUACCUGUACAGCGGCUCCUACCAGACAAUCAAGAUCUGGGACAUCCGCACCCUGGACUGCAUCCACGUCCUGCAGACGUCUGGCGGCAGCGUGUACUCCAUCGCGGUGACCAAUCAUCACAUCGUGUGUGGCACCUACGAGAACCUCAUCCACGUGUGGGACAUCGAGUCCAAGGAGCAGGUGAGGACCCUGACGGGCCACGUGGGCACCGUGUACGCCCUGGCGGUCAUCUCCACCCCUGACCAGACCAAAGUCUUCAGUGCAUCCUAUGACCGGUCUCUCAGGGUGUGGAGCAUGGACAACAUGAUCUGCACGCAGACUUUGCUGCGGCACCAGGGCAGCGUGACAGCGCUGGCUGUGUCACGAGGCCGUCUCUUUUCGGGAGCGGUGGACAGCACUGUGAAGGUCUGGACUUGCUGAUCAGGACGCCGGCAGCCUUGGCUCCUGGAGCCCACCCGCUCCUGCCCGCAGCAUGGCCACACAGGGGCCCAGGCCUGCCGGCGAGCUUCCUGCUUGGCCUGCGCCGUUGCUGCAGGGAAGUUGCCCAGGCCCCUGUGUCGGUGCCAGGUACGACGCUGGCCCGACCCACACUCCAUCCCCACCCCAGGUGGACCACGGGCCUUUAUACUCCUUUUCUACUGUUUUUAGACUGUAUAUAGAUUUGGUUACUCUUGAUUGGAAUAAACUGCACAGACUGUG